GAACUGGUCAGAGCCUCAGAGCUGCGAUUCUGGGACAUGUGGUGCUUUGGACAAGUUAGCCAUGGAGACGGACGGUCUAUAAAGAAGGCAGUUGCGCGCGUUGCCUAUCCUCCAUCAUGUGAGAAGCAAUCAUCUGGAGCGAAUUCAACCAUUCUGUCGACUGCACGAUCUCAGCUAGAGCUACGGAAUCACAAUAACUACACAUACAAGCAACAUGGCACCCCAUCCGAACGCUAUCACCCUGCUCGGUGCAGGCACACAAGGCUCACGUCUAGCCUACAUGUGGUCUCGUCUCGGGAGACCUGUUUACCUUGUCGAUAAAGACUUGGACCAGCUAUCCAAAGCAUCUGACACGAUCGAGGAGCUGCGCAACAAGGAGACAUCACCCUACAAACGAGGCCCAGUUCAUGGGCUAACGAUCGCCGAGCUUGACAAGGCGCUUCGCGAAUCUUGGCUGGUCAUCGAGUGUACUCCAGAGAACCUGAAAUGCAAACGAUCCGUCAUCCAGCAGCUCGACAGCCAAGCCGAUCCAGACACCAUCAUUGCGUCCAACUCUAGCAGCCACUCGAUCACCGAGGUCUGCGAAGGCAUGGGGUUCAAAGCCAAUGACCGAUUCGUGAACCUACACUCAUUCUGGCCACCAGAAACACAAGUCCUCGAAAUCAUGGGCACCGACAAGACCCGCCCGGACAUCAUCCCCCUCCUCAUGAAUGAAUCCCGCGAGCACGGGUUCCUCCCCUUCCACGUACGCAAGGACUCAAUGGGCUACAUCUUUAACCGAAUCUGGGCCGCCAUCAAGCGAGAGACCCUGAUGGUGCUGGACGAAGGCAUCGCCACCCCCCAGGAAGUUGACGAGAUGUACAAGGCCGUCCUGCACGCCCCCAAGGGCCCCUGCGAACAGAUGGACGUGGCCGGCCUCGACGUCAUCCUGGCGAUCGAGGAGCACUACGCGCAGGCUCGGUCGGGGAUCCCCGAUGGCCCGCGGAAGUAUCUGCGCGAUAUCGUGGACCGAGGCGACUUGGGGGUCAAGACUGGGGCUGGGUUCUUUGACUAUAGUGCCAAUGCGUGAGAGCUUAGUAGCUUGUGGGAGGGGCAUGGUUGCCUUUUUUUUGGGUUUGUUGUUUGAAAGCUGUACCGUACAUGACUUGAUAUUAUAUUCGAUUUAUGCGAG